UUUAUCCCACCCACUCAUGGAGAGAGGGUGGUUCAUUUACAUCAUGACCUAGUAGUUUUCAUUUUAAAAACGCCACUUCAACAAGACUGAAAGUUUUAUAAUAUUUUUUCACGGAUGUGAAGGGACCGUUGGUUGCAAAGACAGGAAGAGUGGAAUGGUGGGAAGAGGCACACGGGGGUGGUAAAAAAGUCCAGGCAGCUCUGUAGGGUGUACGGUCAGUGAGGCUCUCGGUCUGGGACCAGGCAGCACAUAGGAAACCUUCGCACACAUUGGGGUUCUGCUAUAUAUUUCGUAAACUCUGAUUAACAAUGAAACUCGUAUGUUUUCCCAUCCUUUCAUGGAUAUGUUUAUGUGCACUUUCCUCGCUGGUGAACUGUGGAGAUCAGCGUAUACCGGAGGAUAAACUUUUAGUUUUGACUGUUGCAACCAAAGAGACAGAUGGCUUCAGGCGUUUCCUGAGGUCGGCCAAGCACUUCAACUACACUGUAAAAGUGCUCGGCCAAGGCGAGACGUGGAGGGGAGGUGAUUACAUGUCGGCUCCAGGAGGAGGUCAGAAGGUUCGCCUGUUGAAAGAUGCUGUGGUGGAGAUAAAGUCCGAGGACCAGGUCAUCCUUUUUAUCGACAGCUACGACGUGGUUUUUGCCUCGGGUCCUAAAGAGCUUCUCAGGAAGUUCCAGCAGGCCAAACACAAGGUGGUGUUCUCCUCAGAGAGCCUCAUCUGGCCAGACAGACACCUGGAGGACAAGUACCCCCAUGUCAGGGAGGGCAACAGGUUUCUGGGUUCAGGAGGUUUCAUGGGCUACCUUCCCAACAUCAGAGAGAUGGUUGCUAACUGGACGGGAGCAGACAGUGACAGCGACCAGCUCUUCUUCACAAAGCUUUACAUAGAUCCAGCUAGAAGGAAGGCCUUAAACAUCACCCUGGACACAAAGUGCAGGCUGUUCCAGAACCUUCACGGCGCUCUUGAUGAGGUGGUGCUGAAGUUUGAAGAGGGCCAGAAAUGUACAGUAUGACACGCUGUCCUCCAUGGAAACGGACCAACUAAGCUCCAGAUGAACUACCUGGGUAACUACGUCCCCAACUCGUGGACGUUUGAGACCGGUUGCACCGCUUGCCUCGAGAACCUGCGUCCACUCUCAUCCCUGAAGGAAAGUGAGUACCCUCUGGUGGUGAUCGGGAUCUUCAUUCAGCAGCCAACGCCAUUUGUAUCUGUCUUCUUCGAACGUCUUCUGAAGCUCCAGUACCCGAAGAACAGACUCAAGCUCUUCAUUUCCAACCGGGAGCCUCAUCAUGAGCAGCAGGUCAGCUCCUUCCUGCAGAAUCAUGGGAGUCUGUACCAGGAUGUAAAAUCCAUCCGGCCUGAGGAGCAGAUGGAUGGAGCAGAUGCUCGUGACUUGGCCUUUGACAUGUGCCGGAAAGACAAGGAGUGUGAUUAUUUCUUCAACUUGGACAUUGAGGUUGUCCUAAAGAACGAGAACACAUUGAAAAUCUUGAUUAAGCAAAACCUGCCCAUCGUGGCGCCCAUGAUAACUCGAGCGGGCCGACUGUGGAGCAAUUUCUGGGGGGCGCUCAGCGAGGACGGCUACUACGCCCGAUCUGAGGACUACGUGGACGCCCAAGGACGGAGAAUGGGCUUGUGGAAUGUACCGUACAUUUCCAGCGUCUACUUGGUGAAGGCGAGCCUGCUGCAGGCAGAGCUGAAGGACUACCAACUGUUUACCUCAGAGAGCUUAGACCCCGACAUGGCUUUCUGCCACAACGUUCGCAGCCAGGGUGUCUUUAUGUACGUAAACAACUUACACACAUUUGGCCGCAUUCUGUCGACAGAGAAGUACAAGACAGAACAUCUUCACAAUGAUCUGUGGCAGAUCUUUGAAAAUCCUCUGGACUGGCAGGAACGUUACAUCCACGAGAACUACACCCGCAUGAUUAAGGACAAACUGAUAGAAAAUCCAUGUCCAGAUGUUUACUGGUUCCCAGUGUUCACUGAUGUGGCCUGUAACCAUCUCGUUGAAGAAAUGGAACACUUUGGCAAGUGGUCAGGAGGGGGAAAUGUGGACACCAGAAUCCAGGGGGGCUAUGAGAACGUCCCCACCAUCGACAUCCACAUGAACCAGGUCAACUUUGAAAAGGAAUGGCAAAAGUUCUUGCUGGAGUUUGUUGCACCCAUAACAGAGAAAAUGUUCCCUGGGUACUACACCAAGGCUCAGUUUGACUUGGCCUUCAUAGUUAGAUACAAGCCAGACGAGCAGCCCUUUCUGCGGCCGCAUCAUGACGCCUCUACAUUCACUAUAAACAUUGCACUCAAUCAAGCCGGCGUUGACUACCAGGGUGGUGGAUGCCGCUUCCUCCGAUACGACUGCUCCGUCCAGGCUCCCCGCAAAGGCUGGGCCCUCAUGCACCCCGGCCGCCUCACUCACUACCACGAAGGCCUGCCCACCACUGCGGGGGUCCGCUACAUUGCAGUGUCCUUUGUGGAUCCCUGAACUUCACCACAGCAUAUUCCAGACUGUAUGGGACACUGUGACGCCCAAAAAAAAAAUCAGACAUUUUUUAAAAAAUUUUUAUCUUUGUCUCCAAAACAUUUCUAAUUAGUUCAAUCACCGAUACUCUAUGUUGACUGUGAGCUGUAGUUCGUCAUCAUUUACUAACUGAGUUGGGUAAGUUUCAAUUCUAACAUGUGAAAAUACAACAACUUACUGGGAACGUAAAGAAGAUGGGGAUCUAAAGAUUUCUCAAUGAAUCGUGCCUUAUUUGAAGCAGUUUUCCCAGGCUCUCAUGUUUCAUUGAACGCACCAAAGGGGCAAAAUCAUGUUAGUUUGGAAGUGGAGAAUGACAUUUCACCUCAGCUGUGUUCCAGUUAGAGUCCCAGAACUAAACAGAAAAGGAGUGUGAAACCAUCCUCCUGACUCUGAUUGGUUGUUUCUGACCAACUGGCUGUUUUUCUACAGAUGGCAGUAGGACACCAGGGAGGAGAUUUGUUCAGUCUCAUAUCACAACAUAGUGACAGUUUUGGCAGAUGUGUAAAAAGCAAUUUUUUUAAAAUAAAAAUUGCAACUUUUACUGGAUUUGUGGGGAUAAAUAAAGGAAGUUGGUCAAAUACAAAAUUAUUCUUCAAGAGGCUGUCCCUGGUGGUCAACUGAGAUAUUGCAUGUAGGCCUGCGGCAGUAACAAACUUUGCUGGACAACACAUGUCACAGAAAUAAUGGCCAUGAUGGAUAAUAUUUCAUGACCAUAUUCAAGUAAUAUAAUAGUAACAUAAUGUAAGGUCACCCUCUGAAAAACGUGAUACUGCAACCCACAAAAUGUCAUCAUUCCCAGUUCGUCCUCAAAGUAAGUUGUAAAAAUAAAUUGAACAAAUGUUAUGGGUGCACAUGCAUCCUGGGAUUUGUAGGCCACUGUAAUACAGAAGUUUACAAACAGACAUCUGAUUUUAAACUGAAGAUUUAUCAUGGAUUCUCCAGGGACCACCGAGGCUCCAGCUUGGAGUGGAUUUAACGAAUCGUUUUAUUCUCCUUUCAAGUAACUGAUCAUCCUCUCUGACAUCCAGACAUUCAUCUUAGCAGCAACAAUAGCUCACAGCAGGAGGUGAAGUAGGUCGGGGUUUAUGGAUCAGAAUCUCUCAGGAGAAAAUCCUUAGUUUUUAGAUAUAUUUAGUUUGAUGUUAAGCUUUGCUUAAAUCACCAGUGCCUUUUUCUAUAUCCUAGCUGUUUUACUGAAAUACUCCAAAGUAAGUUUAUUUAUUCUUUUUUAAUAUAUACAUGCUAGAUGUGAAACAGCUGGACUACCUGCAGAUGCUUGGAGUCAGAGCUGCAGUAUGGAAAUGAUCUGUAACACCGUUUGUCUCAUUAAGAAGUUGAAUGUGUUUUAUGGGAGAGGUUUGGAGAAAACUACAAUAAAGCGGGGAAGCCAACCAAGAUGUUUCAGGCUCCUCACUUUCCUCUCAAAAGCAUCAACCUUAAAGGAUGAAUGGAGUCAAAUAUUCAUACUGGUGUCAUUUAUACCAACAUCACUACCAUUCAUGUAUCAAGGGGA